AUGUCUUCCCCCCACCCCAGGCCCCUCUCCCACACUCCAAAUGCCACCUUCCAGCCUCCUUUUCCCCCCCAGGAAAUGGCGAAGUCUAAAAACGGAGGGAGAUCUCUGAGGGAGAAACUGGACAAAAUAGGAUUAAACCUGCCAGCUGGGAGGCGUAAAGCUGCUAACGUUACCUUGCUCACCUCGCUGGUGGAGGGAGAAGCAGUACAUCUAGCUAGAGAUUUUGGGUACGUUUGUGAGACAGAAUUUCCUGCCAAAGCAGUAGCUGAAUUUCUCAACCGACAACAUUCCGAUCCAAACGAGCAAGUCACAAGAAAAAACAUGCUUCUAGCUACAAAACAGAUCUGUAAAGAGUUCACCGACCUGCUGGCUCAGGACCGAUCUCCCCUGGGGAACUCGCGGCCCAACCCCAUUUUGGAGCCGGGCAUCCAGAGCUGCCUGACCCACUUCAACCUCAUCUCACACGGCUUCGGGAGCCCGGCGGUGUGCGCUGCCGUCACCGCCCUGCAGAACUAUCUCACCGAGGCGCUCAAGGCCAUGGACAAAAUGUACCUCAGCAACAAUCCCAACAGCCACACAGACAACAGCACCAAAAGCGGCGACAAAGAGGAGAAGCACCGAAAGUGAGGAUGCCCCCCCCUACACACACGCUCCUCUCCCUUCCCCCACAUAGCCCAUCGAUCCAUUCGUCUCCCUCCUCCCUCUCCCCUGCACCCAGCACCCCAGGCUACAGCAACAGAAUGAGCGUCCUUCUGCCAAUCCUGUUCUCUGACUCUGCAGGACUGCUCUGCCCCUCUCC